AUGGAGAUGGCGAUUCGAGUUUGCCUGAUGAGUGGCGAGGAUGUCCUGGUCCAAGUCGUGCCUGAAAUGAAAGUCAGAGAUUUCAAGGCGGAACUGAAAGGGUUACAGCCUGCUGCUGACGAACUGACGCGCAAGCUUAGUCGCGUGGAUGUCAUUGUGCAAGACAAACAGCUGGUUGAAGAUGAUGAAACCAUCAUGGAGGCGGGAAUUCGCCCAGGUGUCUCCGUCCAAGUCUUGUUCAGCAGCAUCAGCCCAGUGGAAUGCAUCUCCCAAAGCACCUCUGGAUACGACCGAGACUCCUUGUUGGUUGUCCAGAUACCCAGCUCAACCAUGCUCAUCCAGAACCAGGCCUUUGCAGCUUGCAGUGCUUUGACAUCUGUCACCAUGGAGGACUCCGUGUCGCACAUCGGCGAGUUGGCCUUUGGAUAUUGCACCGCGUUACUUCGCGUGCGGAUGUCGCAGGCGCUGAGGGAAGUGGGAAACUAUACCUUUGCAUAUUGCAGAUCUUUAGACACGCUGGUGCUGCCUGACUCACUGUCGCUGGUUGCCGAGGGGCUGUUUAAAGAUUGCACUUCUUUGCGAACCGUCACGAUCCCUGCCUCCGCCACGAUGAUCGGGGAGAGCGCCUUCAGUGGCUGCAGCUCCUUGUGUACCCUCACAAUCUCUGACAAAGUGACCCACAUCAAAGAAUUUGCCUUUGCCAAUUGCAGCUCUUUAAUCAGCAUCACACUUCCGGAGUCUCUCGUAGGUAUUGGGUCUGCAGCCUUUUCGGGUUGUAGCUCCUUGAGCACACUCACACUCCCGGACUCCUUGCGCUAUUUUGCCGCGAUGGCCUUCAGCCACUGCAGCUCCUUGUUGAGUGUGGCGAUUCCCGUCUCAGUGACUUAUAUCUCACAGAAUGCCUUUGCAUACUGCACAUCCCUCAAGAGUGUGUCCAUCCCACACUCGGUCUUCGGCAUUGGCGCUGGUGCCUUUGCGGACUGUGAGUUGUUGGAAGAUGCCCAGGUGCCCAGUUCAGUGGUGGAGUUGGGAGAAGGCGCUUUCAGGGAUUGUCAUCAUUUGCCAAGUGAUCAUCCUGGACUUCGAGUGAGUCCGGACCAGGAGAAGAGUGAUGUUGAAGAAUUGGAAGAGUUGCAGGACCCAGUUGAGCGUGAGGACUCAAACUUGGGGCACCGGCUGUUCAAAAGGACAAAAAAAGGUACCGGAGGAAGCCGCAUGAGGGUCCAAGGUUUAGACACGGGCAUACUGUGCAUUCCUCUUUGCCUGGUUCAGAAUUCAAGGCCAAGCACAACGCCUGAUAUGUUGCUUGUGGAAUGCUUUCUUAGACAUGGACUCCUGAGUUGCUGGGAGCGGAAGGGAUUCGAUGCUUGA